GCUUGACAACUUUAACAUCCACAUAGAAAAUGAAAUCGAUUAUUUAGUAGCACUAUAUAAUGUGUCUCGUAUUUUACAACGACUCAUUACGUCAUAUUGUCCAACAUUUCUAAUGACGAUCGUGGAAGGGAUACGAAUAAACCUGUGACGUUUACGUACCAGGUCUUACGAUACUGUCCGCGCCAUACGAAUGAUCGGUUCCCGUUGGAUCCAUUUUAUGUGUUAACUUCAGUUCCCCAUUUAUUCGUUCAAUUUCGACCACCGAUUAAUAAAAAAUAGUUAAAAAUGAUACCAAGCUGCAUCAGAAGUAUGGGUGCCCAAACGUCGAAGCGAAAUGUGAUAUCCUUCUUCUUCAAGAAAAAUAAUUAUGCCACAGAAGCUACAUUUGAAACAAAACCUUUUCGACUACAUAAAUUGGACAAUGGACCUUCCAAUAAAAUCACUAUUACCAAAGAUGAAGCUGUGGAUCUAUAUAAACAGUUACAUACAAUCCGUCGUAUAGAAACAGCUGCAGGAAACCUCUACAAAGAGAAAAUUGUCAGAGGUUUCUGCCACUUGUAUUCUGGUCAAGAAGCUUGUGCAGUUGGUAUGAAGUCAGCUCUUAGACCACAAGACUGUGUAAUCACUGCUUACAGAGCUCAUGGAUGGACUUAUUUAAUGGGGAUAGAGCCAUUUGGUGUUUUAGCUGAAUUAACUGGUAGAAAAGGUGGAAAUGCAAAGGGUAAAGGUGGUUCUAUGCACAUGUAUGCCAAGAACUUUUUUGGUGGAAAUGGCAUUGUUGGUAGCCAAGUACCAUUAGGAGUUGGAAUUGCUUUUGCUCAAAAAUAUUUGAAUACUGGAGGUGUGUGUCUUACACUGUAUGGAGAUGGUGCAGCUAAUCAGGGACAAGUAUUUGAAGUAUACAAUAUGGCCAAAUUGUGGGAUGUUCCUUGCAUCUUUAUAUGCGAAAAUAACGGAUAUGGUAUGGGUACUAGUGUUGACCGUGCUUCUGCAAGUACUGAGUAUUACACAAGAGGAGAUUAUGUACCUGGAAUUUGGGUGGAUGGUAUGGAUGUACUUGCAGUUAGGGAAGCUACCAAAUUUGCAGUAGAUUACUGUACAUCUGGUAAAGGUCCCAUUAUCUUAGAAACUGUAACUUAUAGAUACAGUGGACACAGUAUGUCUGAUCCUGGAACUAGUUAUCGUACAAGAGAGGAAAUUCAAGAAGUAAGGCAGUCCAGAGAUCCCAUUACUGGUUUCAAGGAACGAGUACUGAAUGCCAAUCUUAUUACCGCGGAAGAAAUAAAGGCGCUGGAGAAUGAUAUAAGAAAAAUAGUAGAUAGCGCUGUGAAAGCUGCGAAGGCGGAUACUGAAAUUCCAUUAAGCGAACUUACUGCUGAUAUUUAUGCCACUUGCGCAGAGAAGAAUAUUCGUAACAUUACUCCGUUCAAUCCUUUGCCACACUCAAGGCUAGGACCAGCUGUGCCCUGCCAUUAA